AUGAUUCACAGACAUGCUUUUGAAGCUCUAGAACGAACGGUGAAAGAUCUCAUGAAUGAGAGAAAGGACAAGACAAAGGAAAAAGUGUUUGGUGGAAAAACUCUUCUAUUUGGAGGAGACUUUAGACAUAUAUUACCGGUAAUUCGUGGUGGAAGCCGAGAAAAUAUUGUCGAUGCUUCUAUUAGUAGGUCAAGGUUAUGGAAACAUUUCCAUGUAUUUGAGUUGUCUGAGAACAUGCGGUUGUUGAAUGGAAAUUGUAAUUCUGCUGAAAAACAAUCAAUAUCCGAAUUCAACAAGUGGAUUUUGGAUCUUGGGGAUGAAAAACUACCAGCAAAAGCAAUAGAGGGUGAAGACGAUGAGCCAACUUGGAUUAAGAUACCCGAUGACCUGUUGAUUGAGAGUGGUAAAGAGCACGUCUUUCUAAGUUUUGAUUCAAUUAGUCCACAGUCGUACGAUUUUGAAAAUGCAGAGCUGUUAUACAACCAGGAAUAUCUGAAUAGUCAGAAACUAUCAGGAGUACCUAAUCAUGUGCUUCGAUUGAAGCUUAAUGUACCAGUAAUGCUUACAAGAAAUAUAAAUCCAAGUGCGGGUCUUUGCAACGGUACAAGACUUAUUGUUACCAGGAUCAUGGCAAGAACUAUUCAAGUUAAGAUUAUAACUGGAAGUGCUGCUGGUCAGAGUGCUGUAAUUUCAAGAAUAGUCAUACAACCAACAGAGACGCACCUGCCUUUUAUCCUGAGAAGGGUGCAGUUUCCUAUUAAAGUAUGUUUCUCAACGACAAUUAACAAGAGCCAGGUCCAGAGCAUCGACAAUGUAGGGAUCUAUCUUCCGAACCCAAUUUUCUGUGAUGGACAACUCUAUGUUGCAGUCUCCAGAACAACUAGCCGAAGUGGAUUGAAAAUUCAAAUUGAUAAGACAAAGGAUAUCGUACCAAAAGGGUAUACUCAGAAUGUGGUGUACAGGGAAAUAUUCACAAAUUCACACCAGAAGCAUAAAACACACCAGAUCCAGGAAAUUUCAUCUGAUAGGAGUCACUUGGAAGGGGAUCAAGAAACCGAUGAAGAAAUGACACCAUCGAUCGAAGAUAGUGGUGAAGAAUUCUCGGCAUUCAACAAUACAAUGAUCGAAGAUAGUGGUGACGAAUUCUCGACAUUCAACAAUAUAGUGAUCGAAGAUAGUGGUAGUGAAAAAGGAGAUCAAGAGAGUGAUGAAGAAAUGGCAUUGUUUGUCGAAGAUAGUGAUGACGAAUAUUAG